AGCACGUCGUGGAGGUCCUACUCAAGCUCAGGUUUGGCUGGAGAACUUCAGAGGACAUGGCGAGCAACAUGGUGAGAGAGAUCCUGGCAUUUAUACUCACUACCUCUGGCUGGGUGCUGGUGUCCUCCACUUUACCUACAGACUACUGGAAGGUGUCUUCAAUCGAUGGCACAGUGAUCACCACGGCAACAUUCUGGUCCAACCUGUGGAAAACAUGUGUGACUGAUUCCACUGGUAUCUCCAACUGCAAAGAUUUCCCUUCAAUGCUCGCUCUGGACGGUUAUAUCCAGGUGUGUCGGGGUUUAAUGAUCUCAUCUGUUUGUCUUGGUUUCUUUGGAUCUAUUUCUGCUCUGAUUGGCAUGAAAUGUACAAAGAUUGGAGGACUUGAUCAAACCAAAGCCAGAAUCGUCUGCUUUGCUGGACUCAACUUUAUUAUUACUGGUCUGUGUUCUCUCAGCGCCUGUUCCCUGUACGCUCACAGAAUCACAUCAGAGUUUUUUGACCCUUUUUUUGUUGAACAAAAGUAUGAAUUGGGAGCCGCACUGUUCAUCGGAUGGGCAGGAUCAGCACUCUGUAUCUUAGGCGGGCUGAUUUUUUGCCUGUCACUGUCUGAUAGCAUGAACAGAAGCAGUUCAUAUCAUUCGGACAGAAGAGCUUUUGUCAACAGUGGAGCAUCUUUAAUGUCGGUUCAAGCGGUUCCUCAGAGUCAGUCCUCACACGUCAGGAGACCUCCAACAGAUCGCAGAACCUCAAAACACUUCGACAAAAACGCCUAUGUAUAACACCUACACAUUCUGCACAUACACACACACUGCUGUCUUCACUUAUUCAUGUUGGAUUGCAAAAACGAGUUUUGCAGUUAUUUGUGAACCUUUAAAUGGCCAAGAAUCAUUAAUAUUUGUUGUGUAUCAGAUGUUUCACCUGACUCUAGUGGCUGUAAUUCAAAGUUUUGGUCAGGAUUAUGAUUUGAGCAUUAGGUAAUAUUCAAGACUCUAGAGCAGUGUUUCUCUACUAAUUUAGGUUUAGGUCCCACAUAUUAUAAUGGUCAACACAGUACCAAAAUCUCACAAAAGUAAACAAAAAUGUAUUUUUACUGAAUAUUAGUCUAAAUAGGAAAACUGAAAAUGUAUAAAUAGCAGAAGUGUAAUGUACCAGCCUAGCAUAAGGAAAAACACUGUGGCAGAAACUGUAUUAUUUGGAUAGUUGCAUUUUAAUAUUUGCAUUUAGCAUCGUUAGAUAGUUGAGAACCACAGAUCUAAAGCACAUCUAAUGCAAAUCCGGCACCAUGUUUAUGUUUACACAACAGCAUUGCAUGAGAUUAUGUCAUCUGUUGAUAGUUUAGUUCUUUUGGACUAGUGUGGAUGAUUUAUUUUAAUUCAUCACAGGAUAUUGUGGAUGAGCGGGAUUCUAUUUUGAGUUGACACAUUCCUGCAGUACAGGACAGCAAUACUAUUUUGAAAUAGGUUAGACCCAAAUGUGUGUAGAUACUAUCAGCUAAAAGUGACUGGUGAAGACAUCAUAAGCCUUUAUACAGUAGUUAUUGUAAGUAGUAUAUGUGUUUGCACUGGGGCCCAUAAGAUCCUGAUUACAACACUGGCUAAAUCAUGCUUUACAAUUCUAUACAGAUUUUAAUUUCAAUACAGCCAGAAUUUUGAAUAAAGAUAACCUUGUUUUGUUACCACAUUAAUGUGAAAAAAUUUGUUUUUUUCCAUUUUUAAUAUAUAUAUAUGCUAUAUUCUGAUUAGGGCUGUCGAUUUAACGUAUUACGUAAAAAAAACUUAACACCAUUAAUCGCACUGCCCCCGGACUGUAAUAUGGAAGAUUCCUGAGAAAUACAAGCUUGUAGUACCACCUGUUUACUCCAGAGGGCAGUAAGUGAAACUUCAGCUGUGUGGCAAUGCGCAGUUUAUACAGUGAAGAAAAACACCCUUGAGCAGCAGAACAACACAGACAUGUGUUAAGUUCUUGCGUUCAAAACACUUGAUGGAGCGCAAAUCCGAACUAAGGGAUCUCAAGAUGUGUAUUAAACUAUAUUUAACUUGACACAGUGACCUAAAAAUGUUAUGUUUAUGACGCAAUGCAUCCAAGACGCUACACAAGCAUGUCUGACGCAAGUGUUAUAAUAUGUUAUAUGGUAAUAAAUAAUACAUUGUAUUCUAAAGCCGCUUUUUGUAUUGUCUUAUUAAUGAUGAACUCUUCUGCCACAUAAAUGUAAUGCAUUUUAAUUAUCUGAUAUAUAUAUAUAUAUAUAUAUAUAUAUAUAUAUAUAUAUAUAUAUAUAUAUAUAUAUAUUAUAAUUUUUAUAAUAAUCAUUAUUUCAUCAGUAUAUAUUGAAUUAUUGUGAUAUGAGGGGCUUUCUCAGCAAAUAUUUGUAUAUGCGAUGAAAUGCGAUUAAUUAAUCGGGACACCAUGUAAUUAAUUCGAUUAAACAUUUUGAAUAAUUGACAGCCCUAAUUCUGAUGUAACUUGGUCAUUAAUGUAUUGAUGAUUGAUCUUGAAAAAAAUCUAUCUAAUAAAAAAUGUGUCUAACACACAUAUCUGUGUGUGGCUGUCAGAGUUUGGGAUUGUCAAGGUGGACUGUGCUACACUGUGCAUAAAUAAAACUGAUUGGUCUAUGUG